AUGCUGCAAAGAACCAUUCUGCGCGCCUCGAGACAGGCUGCCCGCCGAACACCGGCCUUUGCGCCUCUGAGGCAACAAUUCGUCGUGUCACGAGUAGCCGCCACACCCGCUAUUCGUUGGUAUUCGGACGCUGCACCAGCAAAGGAGGGCGAAGCAGCUGAGAAGAAGGAGGGAGAGACUGCCGAAAAGAAGGAGGAUGCACCAUCCGCGGCAAAUGACGAGGCGGCCAAGUUGAAGGAGCAAAUAGAGAAGAAGGACAAGGAAAUCAUUGAGCUGAAGGACAAAUACCUCCGCUCAGUCGCCGACUUCCGCAACCUACAAGAGCGCACAGCCCGCGAAACGAAAGCCGCAAAGGACUUCGCCAUCCAACGCUUUGCGCGCGAUCUUGUCGAAUCCGUCGAUAACCUCGACCGCGCGCUGGGCACUGUGCCUGCAGAGAAGCUCAAGUCAGAUAACGCCGAUCUGAUUGCCCUCCACGACGGUAUCAAGAUGACCGACACCAUCCUCAUCAACACGCUGAAGAAGCACGGAUUGGAGCGAUUCGACCCCUCGGAGACGGGCGACAAAUUCGACCCUAAUAUCCACGAAGCCGUUUUCCAAGCACCACAGCCGGACAAGGAGGACGGCUGCUGCUUCCACACGCAACAAAAAGGCUUCAUGCUCAAUGGCCGCGUGCUGAGACCUGCAAAGGUUGGCGUCGUCAAGAACGCAUAA